ACGUCCGAUUGCCAAGGGGGCCCCUCUGGGACGACUCUCCCACAAAGCCUCCAGCUUUGUGGGAAUUGGGUGAAUGUAAAUUGAACGACUCUGGUGCCGGGUCAGUCACGAAGAUCACUGGAGGAGAAGAAGGAGGAGGAGGAGGAAUUGAUGCUCCUGCUGCUGCAGCAGCUGCCGGAGGUGGGUCGACUGUUGAUUCAUUCUUCGAUCCCUGUUGAGCCAGCUCGAAGAGGGAGGACUUAAAGGAGCGAGGUUCAAAUUUAGAGGCCUCAGAAGUGGCGGCCUAUGAUUCCUCGGGGCCGAUUGUAGGUCGCUCGCGUGCCGGGCUAAGAAUCGAUCAUACAGUCGUUGAUUGCGUACACGUUUUCAGUCGCUCUGGGGCUCAACCAGCGGCCGUCCUAGUGGCGUCGGGGGUCGGAAGUCUUCGUAGCCAGCGGUUGGUAACUGGAGUGCGACGCAAUACAGUUCGUCCCAUAGGCAGGGAAGAAGAGCGCAGUGCAUGCAAAAUUCCUCUUAUAAAGUUCGUCGGCGAUCGCAGGUUGCUUGGAUUGUCUGCGUUUGUUUGAACAAUUCGCUGGGAACUCUUGCGUUUCUGAAUUUGGGUGUUUGAAGAAAGCACGAGGGUUCUAAGGAGGAUCUCUUGCAGUCCGAGGGGCUGCAACGCAUCUUCCAAAGGUCUGUACUUGGAUUGAGGAGAAGGGAAGAAGGCUUGGAUUGAGGAUUGUUCGUGUUGUGUGUUGAGGUCGAGUAGCAGAGACAAUUCUUGCUUCCGUCGGACGCAGGGACUUGAGCUCACUUUGGAACGAUUCGAAAACGGCAGGACAGUAAAGGAUCACCGAUCUUUCAGAGUCUCAGACAGGAAAUGGCUGCUUCCCUCUGCCACUGCCUAGUGGAGAUUGGAGGCAAAAGUGUCGCUCCAAGUUCCCGAAUUUCGUCUUCCGGAGUGGAGAGCGCCCCCCUUAGCGUGGCUUUUGGAAAGGAGAGCUCUGCUGUCACUCUAGGGACACAUAGCAACGGCAAAAGUAUGGACGAUGUAGUUGACAGAUCUGUUCGGUGGAGGACAAACGCUACUGCAGCAGCUGCAACUUUCACUCUAUUCUCAGCUGCACCUGGUGUGUUGGCUGCUGAAGUGGACUUCGCAGACUCCACGACGAGUCAUUCUGUUCCAGGAGACAGCAGCUUAAGCAUAGCGAUUCCUAUUCCAGAUCAAGGGACGUGGAUAUUUGCGCAGAAUGGAUUUCUCGCUCCGCCACCGAGAGGCAGUGUUACAGGUGUUGCCAGUAUGCGCUCCCAAGGGGGUUGUCCUUCCUGGCACCCAAUUCAGUUCGAGAUGGUUGUUCCUGAUGGCGUGCACCCAAAGUCAUUCCCCAGGCAAGGCCCUCAGUGGCCUGCGAUGUACAUUAUGGAGGACGAGUCCGAGGUUCUUCUGAGUGAGGUUGUCGAAACAAGCGAUCCCAGUAUCAGAUACGCAUCGAUUCUGGAUGCACUUCUCAGGAUGGCCGACAGCUCUCUCACAUGCUUCAGGUUGUAAAAUAUAUUUGUCACGCUCCUGAUGCGGAGAGAUUCGGUUCUGCAGAUUGUACAGGAAGGAAAAAUCUGCGGACUUGCCCUCGAGGUGCUGCUGGUAAGCAGUUGCCUCUUUGAUGCUGUUUUCCUCAGUGUACAGAGAAGUUUCCACGCUGCAGAUCACAGCCCUCAGUGGAUGCUUCGAAACUACUUCAAAAUUCGGUGAAAUCACAUUGUAGGAAUUGGAGACCUUGUUUCAACGAUUCAUGUGACAGCUUCGUGUACAGCAACAACUUCGUGUAACAGACUUGAAGUUGGUAGUAAACAGGUGAAAAUUGAACGACCACCAUAUAGUAAGAUAGGAUGAGAAUCCAACUGCUGUCCUGGUUAGUGCAUGGAUUCUUCACCGAGUAUGUCUAACUGUACUAAAAUUUGGAUUUGUCAUUUGAUAGAUUUUUCAAUGAGUAGUAGCAGUGCAGACUGUGUUUACACACUCUUGAGGCACUCAACAACAUUAGUUGUGUUUCAACAUCACUGCAUGUACACUAUUUUGUAAUAUUUCGUGAUCAUUCAGAUUUUUAGGAGCAGAUUGUACAGGAUUAUUUGUUCAUAAAACUCAUAAAUAAGUCUGCAUGCAGCUGUCAAAGGCUAAGAGCAGUUUCAGUAUUUCUGUCAGGAUGAAAGCUACAUACUUUGAGACCGAUUUCAUUUGAUAUCGUGGUGUAGUAUUGCUAUAAUACCGGUACUAUCUCAUUUCCCUGCAAACAAUUAUUAUCUUUAGUGUACUCCAUUGAGUUCACAGCAGAUACUUCAAUAGUAGUUGUUUUAAUCGUGUAAUAGGUUGAUGAUAUACACAUGCAACUUUGUCUCCUUGACAUUCGUUAUAGUC